AUCAAAAUCCGAGCAUGACGCGUCAAUAUCCCAAUUCAUCAAUCUGAUUGAUAGAUGCGAUGGACGGAUGUGAUUGCUCGACUUGAUGCAUCAUGCACGGUGAUGGGUAAAUUCAACUAGGUUAAUCAUUUCCUCUCCAUCGCUCGGAUUUUCAACCAAAAGUACGUCUUUUUCCAGUGAAAUCCAAUUCUAAUCCCCAUUUUCACCUUUUUUGCCAGUACAAAACCUUAUUUUAUCGAUUACCCACUUCUGUAAAAUAGUCCCCAGUUUCAGAAAGACCUUGUUUUAACUCAGCAAUGGUGAAGUUUUCACUUUUCAGUGCAUCUGAAGAUACGAUGAAAUAGUUGUUGAGGAAGAAGAAGAUGAUGAUGAUGGGAUUUUUGAAGAAGACAAAAGGAUAUUCAACAGGGCUCAGCUCAGUCUCAAUCAACAAUGAUACUGAGAAUCUUUCUUCAUUCUGCAUAAUGCAAUCAUCCACCAUGGAAGAGUAGCUAAAGAAAGGAGGCAUUAAAAGUUUCACAAAUAAUUACAACAAACAAAGCAGAAUCAUCAAAUCAUUUCAUUAUGGCAAAGGCUAAAGGGUAAAAGGUAAAGCUCUUUUGCCACCUUGCUUUAAAGCCUUGUCCUGUGGGAAAUUUCUUUUUGUCUCUUGUACCAUAAACUGGGGCUGCUGGCUGCUGUACAAUUACUUGCAGAAAUACUCUCUUUUCUCUUUGGUUUAUACUCAACACAAACACAUAAGAUGUAUGCUUUCUUGUUGCAAAUCCAUGCAUGUAUAGAUGAAAAGAUAAAAGAAAAGAUAUAAUAUAUGAAGGUGGCGUGUAGUGAGAGGGGUUCUGUGAAGUUGAUAAUUUAAUCUUGUACUCUGCUGACGGAUGAGAUAUGAAACAGCUUUAUCGAUACAUGGUGUAAUCUCAAUGUAUCUCACUCUUGCUCUUUCUCUUUCUCUUGUAGACAUACGUAUAUUUUUUGCUUUUUUAUUUCUUUCCUCUCUCUAUCAAAAGGGCCUCUCCCAUAAAACUACUUUCUGUUCCCUCUUAUAUUUUCCACACUAAUAGAGAAUACCUGCACAUUUACUCACGCACGCACGCAUUCUAAAAACAGUACCCCACAGAGCCCACUCUGCAGAAACAUACAUCACCAUUUUUCUCUUUCUCCUUCUCUGUUCCUAGGUGUUAUUAUAAGUCCUUUUGGUAGAGCCCCUAAGGGGGAGAGAGAGAGAGAGAGAGAGAGAGAGAGUGUGAAGACACAAUAGGACACUGCAGAGAAAACAUGGAGAUUUUUCCAACCACAGAUCAUACCUUAUUAUUGUUGUUAUUUAUUAUUUGUUUUUUUCCUUUUUUUUUAAUUAUUGAAUUCACUUUUUCGCCUGUCACUCGAUUCAUCAAAUCCCUGUGGAAACUACUCAAUAUAACACAACUCAACUCAAUCCCAAACCACACUGUAUCCCCAACUUGGCUAACCAAGUCCCACAAGCAACAUAAGAAAAGUUUUCUCUUUGUUAUGUUUUAAGUUUCCAUCAAGAUUAAGUCUGGUUUUUUUUUUGUUUUUGUGUUUUAAGCGUUCAGUUUCAGUCUAUAUAGCUUUUGUUUCUUCUUCAUGGAUACUUUUCAUCGUCACUUUGACAACUCUGAUGCCCAUUUGCCUCCUGGUUUUCGGUUCCACCCUACCGAUGAAGAACUCAUCACGUUUUAUCUUCUUAAGAAGGUUCUUGACAGUAACUUUACCGGGCGAGCCUUUGCUGAAGUUGAUCUCAACAAGUGUGAACCUUGGGAACUUCCUGAAAAGGCGAAGAUGGGAGAGAAAGAGUGGUACUUCUUUAGCCUACGGGAUAGGAAGUACCCAACUGGGCUGCGAACCAACAGAGCCACUGAAGCUGGAUACUGGAAGGCUACUGGGAAAGACAGGGAGAUUUACAGCUCAAGAACUUCUGCUCUCGUCGGAAUGAAGAAAACUCUCGUCUUUUACAAAGGGAGAGCUCCAAAGGGAGAGAAAAGCAACUGGGUUAUGCAUGAAUAUCGCCUUGAAGGCAAAUUUUCCUACCAUUAUCUCUCCAGGAGCUCCAAGGAUGAAUGGGUGAUUUCCAGGGUGUUUCAGAAGAGUAUUGGCUCCACCGCUAACAGUUCCAAAAAAACUCGCAUGAACUGCUCAACUUCAACUUCAACAGUGAAUCUUUCAUUCCCAGAACCCAGUUCUCCUUCUUCGGCCUCCCUACCGCCUCUCCUUGACCACCCCAACACCUCCUCGACAGCCGCCAUUACUGAAUGUUCCUCCUUUGACAGUCACGCUCCUACUGAGCACGUGUCCUGUUUCUCCACCAUUGCAGCCGCCGCUGCCUCGGCUGUUGGUUCCACAUUCAAUCCCACUUUCGACCUGGCCCCACCGCUUAAUGGAAUUGACUCAGUUGGGCGUUUCUCAAGAAACCUUGGUGUGUCUAACUUCCCCAGCCUGAGGUCCCUGCAAGAGAAUCUCCAUUUUCCUGACCUCUUUUGUCCUCCCCCACCUCCUCCGACGACGAUCCAGGGUAGUGCCUCAAACUGGUCUGUGAUGCAAGACAACAUGAUAGCCGGAGGAGGAGCCGAUGGUGGUGCCAGGAUGGCUGUGGGGCCUACCGAACUUGAUUGCAUGUGGACUUACUAAGUGAACUCUAGUAGAAGAGUUUUUUAGGAAUUGAAUUUCUUAACUUUCAGCUUUUGUCCAGCAAUUGAGAGAUUCCCAUCUGUGGCUGUGCUUUUCAACUUUUGUUAAUGUCUGUCGUUUCAUGUAAUUUUCAUUAUCUUCAUUAAAGUUUCAAUCUUAUUUGUAUAAGCACUAUGUUAAUUUUUUGCAUCUUUAUCAGAAGAUCAACCACGUAAACCAUUAA